AUGGUGCUGCCCAAUAAGCGCGUCACCGUGCGCUUCAAGCCAUAUGCGGAGGACGAGAUGUACCAGCUCCUCGAGCUGCCGCCCGACAUCUUCAAGGCCGUCGAGGGCGGGCAGAGCGUCUCAUUGACGAUCAAGGGCCGCCCAUCGGACGACGCGGUGUUGUGUACCGCCGACAAGACGUACGCUCUUCGCGGGGUCAGCAUCUCAAACUCGCUCCUUGUUCUCCGUCCUCCGCCGUCCUCAGCCGACGAACUGCACAUCAGGGACAUCCGGCACGAGGUACUCGAGUGCGUCCCCGCCCCCGGUCGAACAGAGCGCCUCCACACCCUGCUGCGCGACAGUGCAUGGCGCGGUGUUGGGUAUACGCCGUGGCCUGAACGAACGGGUGACAAGCGCAAGCGAACAAAGCGGUAUACGCGCGCCCAAUUGAGUUCCGUGGUGCAGGCCAGUGAGGCGGAACUGAAGAGCGCACUGCGCGCCGCCAACAUCAUCGAGGUGCAGGGAUACAUGCUUCUACUCCGUCCACCCGAGCUCUCAUCCCUCCUCUCUCUCCUCCUCGCCCUCCUCACCGUCCACUCUGAAGGAGAAGGGGAGAAACCCACAGCCCCUGCAGAAGCCAUCAUGGCCGCGCUCGCGGACGACCACGACGUGCAGCAAGACCUAUCCCGCGGCGUUAUGGAUCUCUUCGGUGAUCUUGAAGGCGAUGGCUGGACUGCCGACGUGCCAGCUGUCGUGCGCGAGCUCGGCCGCGGUCUGCUGGCCGCUCAAGCGAACGUCCCCCGGCCACUCGACCUCUUGCUCGCUCAAUGGAACUCGUUGGCCGGCGCUUUCGAGGCCCAUGUCGCUCUUGACCUUCUCGCAGGCAGCUACCUCCUGCGCGAUCCACCACCAGCCGCAUCCGCCCGGGGGCAGCUAGUCGAGUACUUCCCUGUGCACACGCUGAGUGCACACGCGCCGACACGCUUCGCCGACCUCUUCCUCACGCGGCCGCGAUGGCGACCAAGCGACAUGAUCCCUUUCCUCCGCGGGCUGUACCCAGAUGGCGACAAUAAGGCGCGUGAUAAGCUCGUGGCCAAGUAUAUUCGUGUCGUCAAGGAGCGUGAAGGCGCGUGGUGGUACCCGCGUCGGACGGGAUAG